GGCUCCGCUCGCGCCGGCGGCCCUGAGGCGUUUGGCUGCCCUGAGGGCCCUCCCUGCCCGCGGUAGUACCCUGACGGUGAAUUCUCCCCCCUCCUCCCCUCCUUUUAACUGUCAGAAGGAAGCAGAUUUCAUCAGUUCCCUUCAGGCCAGUGCUUUCUAAUCAUCCAACGCGGAAGAAGUAACGAUUUAAUGCCCUAAAUGCACAAACAACGAGACAACAGUUGAGCAAGGACUUGCUGCGUUAAAAAGAGGCGAGAAGCUCGCUGCCUCUGAGGUCUUAGGAACAGAUGAGGAUAACGUGGGGGAUGGCUGCUCUCAAAAACUGGCUUCUGCCAAGUUCCUUCGACUUUUGCUCCUAAUUCUGAUUCCAUGCAUCUGUGCCCUUAUCCUUUUGCUGGUUAUUCUGCUUACCUUUGUAGGGGUAUUAGAAAAAACAUGCUUUUAUUCAAAUGGCAGUGAGGUCCUCACCGUUAAUGGUGACAUUGAAACGUCUAGCAUUCUUUUGCCAAACAUGGUUGAAAACGAUUCCAAGACCAAUCCAACAGUAGGUAUCAGCACAUGGACUCCCUCCUGGACCACCACGUCUUUAUCCCAAGUCAGCCAAAUGAACACAAACUCAAAUAUGUUGAGAGAGACUUUACAGGAAAAUGCAUUUGCACCUACAUCUCCAGCAUCAGUGCUCAAUCCUGAUCUUACAAAUGAUGCUGCUUUAUCAGAGGACUCCAAAUACAGCACCCAGCUUUUUGCCACUACAGAGGGAGAGCCGUCAUGGUCCACAGGUUCAUCUUUUAAUAUCACAGAGAGGAUGACCACUCUGCCUGUGUUAAGUCCUACUCAUCCAUCUGUGUCACAGAAAAAGCAGCAGAAAGAAAGUGCCUGCAUAAAUAUCACCAACAGCCAGUGCCAAAUGCUGCCGUAUAACUACACGACUCUAACUUCAGUUCUUUCCAUUGUCAAAAGUACUGAAAUGGAAAAGUUCCUGAAGUUCUUCAGUUAUCUCAGUCGUCUCAGCUGCUAUCAACACAUCAUGCUGUUUGGCUGUAGUCUUGCUCUUCCUGAAUGCAUCAGUGAUGGUGAUGACAGUCGAGUCCUCUUGCCAUGCAGAACAUUUUGUGAAGCAGCAAAAGAAGGGUGUGAACCAGUCCUAGGGAUGGUAAAUGCUUCUUGGCCAGAAUUCCUCAAGUGCUCUCAAUUCCACAACCAAACUGAAAACGACACAACAGCAAGGGUAUGCUUCUCGCCACACCAAGAAAAAGGAAAGCAAACACUAUGUGGAGGAGAGGAGAGUUUCCUGUGUGCCAGUGGAAUCUGCAUUCCAGGGAAACUGCAGUGUAAUGGCUACAAUGACUGUGAUGACUGGAGUGAUGAGGUUCAUUGCAACUGCAGUGACGAUUUAUUUCAUUGCAACACAGGAAAAUGCCUCAAUUAUACCUUUGUUUGUGAUGGAUAUGAUGACUGUGGAGACCUUAGUGAUGAAGAGAACUGUGAUUGUAAUCCAAUGACUGAUCAUCAGUGUGGAGAUGGAAGAUGUAUAACAGCUGAUUGGGUAUGUGAUGGUGACCAUGACUGUAUAGACAAAUCAGAUGAAAUCAAUUGCUCUUGUCAUAGUCAGGGUCUGGUAGAGUGCAAAAAUGGACAGUGCAUUCCUAGUGCGUUCAAGUGUGAUGGAGAUAAGGACUGUAAAGAUGGAAGUGAUGAAGAAAACUGCAGUGAAAGUCAAACCCUCUGUCAGGAGGGAGACCAGAGAUGUACUUCCUGUCCUGAUCCAUGUGGAACUUCUCUCUGUGAGAUGAGAAACAGCCAGACAAACUGCAGUCAGUGUGAACCAAUUACUCUGGAACUCUGUAUGAACUUGCCUUACAACUACACUAGUUACCCAAACUACCUGGGGCACAGGACUCAGAAAGAAGCUUCUGUCAGUUGGGAGUCUUCUCUCUUCCCAGCCUUGGUUCAGACCAACUGCUACAAGUACCUUAUGUUUUUCGCCUGUACAGUCUUAGUACCAAAAUGUGACCCCCAUACAAAUCAACGGAUCCCACCUUGCAGGACAUUAUGUGUACAGUCUAAGGAACGCUGUGAGUCUGUGCUUGGGAUUGUAGGUCUGCAGUGGCCGGAGGAUACUGACUGCACUCAGUUUCCAGAUGAGAACUCAGACAACCAAACUUGUCUGACACCAGAUGAGGACGUAGAAGAGUGCUCACCCAGCCACUUCAAAUGCCGUUCAGGAAGGUGUGUCCUGGCAUCCAGGAGAUGUGAUGGUCAAGCUGACUGUGAGGAUGACAGUGAUGAAGACAGCUGUGGCUGUAAAGAAAGAGGUCUCUGGGAGUGUCCUUUGAAGAAGCUCUGUAUCAAGCACACAAUGAUCUGUGAUGGUUUCCCAGAUUGCCCUGACAUGAUGGAUGAAAAGAACUGCUCAUUUUGUGAGAAGGAUGAGCUUGAGUGUGCCAACCAUGAAUGUGUGCCACGUGAACUUUGGUGUGAUGGACAAGCAGAUUGCAGUGACACCUCAGAUGAGUGGGACUGUGUUACCCUGUCUAAAAACAUGAAUUCCCUGAUGUUUCUGACCGUUCACAGGUCAGCUGCUGAUAAUCACGUUUGUGCUGAUGAGUGGCAAGAAAAUUUGAGCCAACUGGCCUGCAAUCAAAUGGGUUUAGGAGGACCAUCUAAAACAGUGAUUGUAUUAGAAGAUGGAGAAAUGCAGCAUCAAAAGUGGCUGCAUCUGCACUCAGACUGGAAGAGUAAGAAUGCUUCCACUUUACAUGCACUUCUAGUGAAUGGGCAGAUGUGCCAAAGCAGAAGCAAAGUGGCUCUACUUUGCACUAAAGAAGAUUGUGGCCAUCGCCCUGCUGCUCGCAUGAACAAAAGGAUCCUUGGUGGCAGGACCAGUCGCCCAGGUCGAUGGCCAUGGCAGUGCUCUCUGCAGAGCGAGCCAAGUGGACACAUAUGUGGCUGUGUUUUGAUUGCAAAGAGAUGGGUCUUAACAGUAGCACACUGCUUUGAAGGGAGAGAAAAUGCAGCUGUCUGGAAAGUAGUGUUUGGGAUAAGCAAUCUUGAUCAUCCAUCAAGCUUCAUGCAGACCCGACUGGUGAAGUCCAUCAUCUUGCAUCCACGCUACAACAGAGCAGUUGUAGACUAUGAUAUCAGCAUUGUACAACUAGAUGAAGAAAUCAAUGAAACGAGCUAUGUAAGACCUGUCUGCUUGCCCAGCAAGGAACAGUUGGUACAGCCAGAUACCUACUGCUACAUCACAGGCUGGGGACACAUGGGCAACAAAAUGCCUUUUAAGCUCCAAGAAGGAGAAGUGCGCAUCAUUUCCUUAGAACAAUGCCAGUCAUACUUUGACAUGAAGACUAUUACCAGCAGGAUGCUGUGUGCAGGCUAUGAGUCUGGCACCGUAGACUCUUGCAUGGGUGACAGUGGAGGACCACUUGUGUGUGAGCAACCUGCAGGACGCUGGACUUUGUUUGGCUUAACAUCUUGGGGCUCUGUCUGCUUUUCCAAGGUUUUGGGACCAGGAGUUUACAGCAAUGUGUCACAUUUUAUUGACUGGAUUGAAAAACAAAUAUACAUCCACACCUUUCUGCUGAACUAACGCCAGAUGGUAAGAAUUGUGCUGACAAGCAACAGGAAAAUGGAAUCAAACUUCAACACCGAAGGUUUUGAAGUCCAGAAAUUCUGUGAAAAGGAGUCCCACAUUGUUUCUAUUCUUGUUGUGGAGCUAUGGGGUAUGCAGUGUAUGCUCAUAGUCGACCCUCUGCUGAUGAAUAUACUUUGGGGUAGAAUUAAUAAUCCUUUUCUUUUUUUUUUUUUUUUUUUCUUUUAACUCUUGUGGUGCUAUUCCAAGCACAGAAAAAUGCUUAAAAGAAAAGAAACAGUCACUUUCUUCCUUGCAGAUAUUCAAAUUAAGAAGUAGCACAGAGUAGAAAAACUUUUUAAAUGACCUAUUUUAAUACUAUUCAAUUAGUAGCACAUGCAUCUUCACUCGCUGUCACAAGGUGCAGACUCAGUGCAUUCAGAUGACGCUGGCAGGGCACAGAUUCACCAGGCCAUGCCAAAGGCCACAGUUGUGGAAGAGGAGGCAGGGUUCAUGCAUUCUUGCAGCACAGGGCAUGGCGGUACAAGCACAGGUUCAAAGGGGAUGAAUAAACACCGCCUGUCCCUCAGGGUGGCCAACAUGGGUAGGGCACUGCAGCAUAUUGACUACUGCUCUGUUCUUUGGGCCAGCUGGCAUACCUCUUCAGGGUGCUGCAUGGCACCAGUAGGCCAACAGACCAUUAAUACUACUUGAGGCAACUGAGACCAAAGUUUUGCUUACCAGCCUCGUCGGAUCACUUUUCCCAAGUUUCUACCACUUAAGUUUUCUAAAGCUUCUGUGUCUCAAUCUGUCCAGGAACGCCCACUUCUUGACAGCACUACACAGAGUAGCACAUUUAUUAAAACUGUGCCCCACUAGCUUCUCUUACCCUUUUUUUUUUUAAAAAUUUAUAGUGUUCAGUCUAUAAAGCAUGCACUGACAACCUCUAGUCCUCUGGAAACACAGUGUUGGCAGAGCCACUGCAAAAGCUUUUGCCUCAAGAGUAAGCUGGUUGGAGCAUCUGGGGAGACAUGGAAAAUGUAGAUUUAAAGUGCAAAAGAUGCAGUGUGAGCAAAUAUGAGAAAUAAUACUGAGAAACUGAGUAUUUUUGGGUGGGCUUCUUCUAGUAUUUUGCACUGAGUUUAAUUUUGCUUAAGAAGAUUAAACAAUCUGGGGAGAGAAAAAGGCAAAGAGAAAUCUAUAUGGCAGAAGAUUUGAACAGAAGGUGGAAUCCAAAUGUGUAUUAGAAAUGUUAAGCAAAGUACAACAGCUUCAUCAGCAAAAACUCAAAGGAGCCCCACUGAAGUGCUUGGUGGCAAACUCUGUUCAGUGAUAAGAAGCCAAGCCAUGACUCCAAGAGUCUGGCUGAAACAAACAAACAAACCAACCAACCCACAAUACUUGACAAUGGAGCUUACAGUGGAGCUUGGCAUUGGCACCUUUCUAGAGCCGGAAGGGAAUUGUUUCUUACUACUGUAGGUGGUGACAUGCACAGCUCAUGGCUUUUCAGGAAGCCAGAAUAGGAGAACUCAAGAAGUUGAGAAUUACAGGCUGAAUUUCACUGGGGAGUAAUGCACAGGUGUUUCAGCCUCAGGCAUACAGUUACCCUCAAUGCUACCUCUGGUGUGCCCCCAUGGCAGCAUGCAGGACCUUGUCAGCACAAUGCCUGUCAUACAUGGAAACCUGCAUUAGAACAGCUGAUAAUGGAGAUUUCAGGUACGAUAAGUCAUGUUACAACUAACCUACACAGCUCAGACUAUCGCUUUAGUGAAAAGUUUGCCUCUUUCUUUAGUAUCUUUUCCUUUAACAUGUGUAAUAUUAGACAUACUGGACAGCACUCAAAAAGAGCAUUAUUAAUAAAUAGCAUUUGUUGUGGGUUCUGAAAGCCCUAUUUAAAUGACUUUUGUAUCACUGUUUGAUGCUCAGAAAGAAGACAUCCCUAGGCUUUGCUAGUUUUUCCUUUCCUUUUAUUUUAUUAUUAAAUAUAUUAAAUAUAUUAAGGAUUUUGCUUUUUCUGUAACAAAAAUGCUCUUUCCCCAGAGAGAAAGCUGCAGUGACCGUGUUAUUCCAGUGCAGGCAGGCUGCAGGUGGAGCAGGUUAGUGGUGCCCUUGCUUCAAGGCUGUGUGAGUCGCAGCUCUCCCCCCUGCAGCUCUCCCCACUGCAACUCUCCCUGGGGCCGGGUUCUCUGCAGUGCAGCACAGCAUAGCACAGGCAGUAGUUCUGCAGGCUCAGCCUUCUGGGGGUAAGAACAAAUAGGAGCUGUUGUGAAUCUAGCAGCCUCUCUGACUAGAAGUAGUAGUUAGCACCUCUGAAUUUAACAAGGACAUACAGUUUUUUUGCACAAAUGUUAGCACUACCAAAUGGUAGCAUGUGAAAUAAUAACAUACUUUAAUUAAUUGGGUUUGGCUGCCAUGCUGUAUACGCUGUCCCUCCCAGGAACCAAAAGAGAGUGCUGCUUAAACAAAGGGCCCAGCCUCUCCUGUUUGGGGUCAUGUGGAAGAUGUUAUAAACCAAGCUCCAGCCCAUAGGGCUGUGGCUUUCCCCCACAGCUGUCUGCCACCACAUUCCAUGUAAAGAGGAAAUUUGUAAUUUUAUAAAUGUAUUUUUAUACUGCUUUUUUUCUAUGUGUGCACAUCAAAUAGGCAAGUAUAUUCCUCCUACCACUGCCUUGAAACUUUUUCAUAUGUGCUGCCAUAACAGCGAUGACCACAACCACGCUAUGUUCUUUACAAGCAUAGCCUCACUGCGAGGAGAUGCUGUUGGUUUCACUUCUCCUAUGACUGUGCAGCCAAAUGGAAGCAAUGUCAUACUGAAAGCUGAUGUGCUUCUUUCUCACUGUACUAAUAAAAAUUUACAAUAAUUUUCCUA